UCCACAUCCAGCUGGCGAGUACAUCCUCUUGCUUCUCUGCCGCCGGUCCACACCGCUACCAGCUCGCCAUGGAUGACGAUAUCACUGCUCUCGUUGUUGACAACGGCUCUGGCAUGUACAAGGCUGGCUUCGCAGGAGAUGAUGCCCCCCGCGCCGUCUUCCCCUCCAUCGUGGGGCGCCCAAGGCACCAGGGCGUCAUGGUAGGCAUGGGUCAGAAGGACUUCUACGUGGGAGAUGAAGCCCAGAGCAAGAGAGGCAUCCUGACCCUGAAGUACCCCACUGAGCACGGCAUUGUCACCAACUGGGAUGACACGGAGAAGAUCAGGCACCACACCUUCUACAAUGAGUUGUUGCGUGUGGCUCCCAAGGAGCACUCCGUGCUGCUGACCGAGGCUCCCCUGAACCCCAAGGCUAACCGUGAGAAGAUGACCCAGAUCAUGUUUGAGACCUUCAACACCCCAGCUAUGUAUGUGGCCAUCCAGGCUGUGCUGUCCCUGUACGCCUCUGGCCGCACCACUGGCAUUGUGAUGGACUCUGGUGACGGGGUCACCCACACUGUGCCCAUCUAUGAGGGCUACACCCUCCCCCACGCCAUCCUACGUCUGGACCUGGCUGGCCGGGACCUGACAGACUACCUCAUGAAGAUCCGGACUGAGCAUGGCUACAGUUUUACCACCACGGCUGAGCGGGAAAUUGUGCGUGACAUCAAGGAAAAGCUGUGUUAUGUUGUCCUGGACUUCGAGCAGGAAAUGGCCACCGCUGCAUCCUCCUUCUCCCUGGAGAAGUGCUAUAAGCUGCCCGACGGCCAGCUGAUCACCAUUGGCAACAAGUGGUUCCACUGUCCAGAGGCUCUAUUCCAGCCCUCCUUCCUGGGCAUGGAGUCCUGUGGCAUCCAUGAAACCACCUUCAACUCCAUCAUGAAUUGUGAUGUUGACAUCCGCAAGGACCUCUAUGCCAACACAGUGCUGUCUGGUGGUACCACCAUGUACCCAGGCAUCGCCGACAGGAUGCAGAAGGAGAUCACGGCCCUGGCCCCCAGCACGAUGAACAGCAGGAUCAUUGCUCCCCCUGAGUGCAAGUACUCUGUGUGGAUCAACGGCUCCAUCCUGGCCUCGCUCUCCACCUUCCAGCAGAUGUGGAUUAGCAAGCGGGAGUACAACGAGUCGGGCCCCUCCAUCGUGCACCGCAAAUGCUUCUAGGCGGACUGUUACUUCGCUGCGUUUCACCCUUUCUUGACAAAAACCUAACUUGUGCGCAGAAAACAA